AUGCUGACUCGCCAUAAAGACGUAGCACUCAUGAUGAACACCAUCGCUGUCAGCAACGAGACCAAGUCUCAGUUCAUUCGCACUACCAAGGAUGGCCGGCAGAUUCGCUACAAUCUGCAGGUAAUUCAGCAGCCUGAACGCGCGCGUGCCUGCGGUAGCGGCGCAAAGUCGAGUGCCGAUCGCCGUCCAGUUGACCCUCCCCCAAUUGUCGAGCUUCGCGUCUUCGAGAACGACCAGGAGAUCACUUUCGCCUACAAUGCGAACUUCUUCCUCCACGCCAGUCUGGAGAAUGCGCGCCCCAUCGCAGCCGGACGCAGCCAGUCUUCCGCAGGCCCCAGCUUCCCUGUCCUCACAGGCACCCCAGUUGCGGGCAUGGCCUACCUCGAGCGCCCCACGCCUGCGGGCUACUUCAUCUUCCCCGACCUGUCAGUUCGCCACGAGGGCAAGUACCGCUUGAGCUUUGCACUGUUCGAGAAUCUGGCAGAGGUCAAGGAUCUGGAUCCUGGUGACCCGGACGUCAUCUACGAUGGCAACCACUUCGUCACCCACCGUGCUGAGGUCAAGUCGGCGCCAUUCACCGUUUUCUCCGCUAAGAAAUUCCCUGGACUGUCCGAGAGCACUGCCUUGAGCCGCCAGGUGGCCGAGCAGGGCUGCCGUGUCCGUAUCCGUCGCGACGUGAGGAUGAGGCGCCGCGAGAACAAGUCGUCCAAGGAAUGGGACGAGUACGACGAAGAAGGUGGUGGCUACGACCGCGCUCGAGGUACAACGACCCCCGAUAACUACCACCAACCAUCCAAUGCCCCUCUCGAUGACCGUCCUCGCUCCCUCUCCAAUGCUAGCAACCCCUCGCUGGCACCACCCCGCCGUCCGAGCAUGGAGGAGAUGGCACAUGGCUACCCUGCUAGCAGUGGAUAUCAACAACAGAUGCCUCCACCCCAGAACCCUACCUACACACAGAUGCCAUCGUACGCGUCCAGCCAACAACACCAGUACCCACAACAGUACUCAGCUCCACAAGCAGCGCCGAUGAUGCCGCCUUCCCAGCAUUCUACUGCAUACUCGCAACACCCGCAACACUCGCAGCACAGCAGCUACUCAAGCCAACACCAACCUCAGCCCACAAUGCCCGUAAGCCAACAGUAUGGAUACUCCAACUACCAGCAGCCGGCGCACUAUGAGCAGGUUGCUCCCACCCGUCAGGAACAGGUGGCUCCUGAGUAUGCUCACCCCGUCGAGUACCGCCGUCCGUCUGUGACCCAGCCAUCGCCCCAGCAAUAUUCCGCACCUAGUCAUGCGAUACAAUCGUACAACUCUAUGGAUCAGUACAGUCGACCGCAGCAAAUGAGCCAGCCUUUGCAGCCUCUGCAACCCCUGCACACUUCUCCACAGUCGUACGCUUCAUCCACCCCUAGUGCCGUGCAUACACCCAGCCACCAGGCGCUGCCAUCCUUACGACCCAUCGUCGCCGAAAAGUUGGAGCCUGUGUCGCCUUCUUACCAGUCGCCACCCGGUGCUCUCUCAGCCGCCAUGUCUGUCAACUCUGACGGUUCCACCCAAAACUACGCUCUGCCCAAGUUCAACCCCCAGGCACAAGGUCUUCCGCCCAUGUCGGCCGGAUCCAGCAACAAACGUUCUUUCUCGAGCACAUUCGAUUCUCGUCACUUGAAUGAACGCAUGGUUGGAGGAAGCAGGCCCCAACCGUCUGGUGCCGGCUACACCUACGAUACCGCCGACUCUCCGGACAUGGAGGAGCCAAUGGACCGAGCGGCCAUGAGCUAUCGGCGUGCCGACGGAACGCAACGACAACGUCAUGUACCCGCAGUCGGUCGCUGA